UACAACGGGAGAAGCUGAAUUUUGCCCGGGUGUAGAAGAUAUGGUCUGCGGCGCCAAAACCCUCGAAGAUGGUCACAUUGUUACCAUGGUACCCAAAUUGAUACAAAAUGACCUUUCCUGGAUGAAAGAUAUACCAGAACUAGCAAACGUGGAGCAUAGAUUUAUUUGUGAAAUUCCAGCUUGCAUAUCAAGCCCUUGUCUCAACGAAGGAACCUGCAAGGAAACUGUCAUCGGAUUCGAAUGCAUCUGUCCUGAAAACUUCUAUGGUGCCACAUGUUCAUGCCCGGUUUUACACACGGUGAACGUUGGCACCACGAGACAAUAUACCUUUCCCGGAUUAGCAGUCGUCCCUGGCAUGACUUCAUUUGACUUCGAGGUCAGCGCUAACAAUGACGCCCAUAUCGGACUCUCCAGGAGCAACGAAGAAGACGUUGGAUAUAUGUACGAAAUUGCCAUCGGGGGGUGGGAAAACACCGGAGGCGCAAUCCGUCGACUUCGAGAAGUCUAUGAGUGGGAUGAAACAUACCAGAACCAUCCUGCCACACUUGCCCUGACCGGCAAACCUUCGUACGAUCACUAUCGGAUCUCCUUUGCAGACGGCCACAUCAUAUUAUAUCGAUAUGGAAACGAUAUACCUCUAAUGGAGUACAUCGAUCCCGACCCUCAGCAGGUCAACUAUGUAGGAAUAUGGACUGGAUUUGGGUCAGAUGGCUACUGGAAGUUUCCAUCACUUUGUGUGUGAAUAUAUAUACAACUCGCGACUUUUCGUCAUAAACAAUUACCAUAAUGUCCCGCAGUGGCGUACCUAGGAUUUUCCAAAGGGGGGGGGGGGGGAAUUCGUCCGCCAAACAAUUUGACAAGCAAAAUAAAAAAAAGUCUUCAACCACAAGUAAACGACAUUUAUUUGUCACCAGAAAAAAAUUUGACAAGCAAAAAAAAAUAAUAAAAAAAUAAAGGACAUUUCGCACCAGAUUAAAAAUUGACAAGCAAAAAAAAAGGGUCUUCAAGUUCAGAGAGAGGGGCCACUUGUAGCUCGUCAGGGAUCAGUUGUGACUCGUCAGGGGGGGGGCAGGGAUACGUCCCUUGCGCGUGAGUUGUGACUCUUCAGGGGGGCAGUCUGCCCCCCCCGCCCUUAGGUACGCUAAUGAUGCCCCGUAAGACACAUUCAUGACAUUGGCCAGUAUUCUAGGAGAGCGUUUCAUGAAAUGACUUGUCGUAUAAAGCGACCGAAAAGUUUUAUCCGACAGUUACCACAGUAACAGAACUUCUAAUCAAAAUCAAGGAGAGUUGUCAGAUAUGACAUCUUGUCAGACAAAACGUACUAGAUGAACCGCUCCCCGGUAGUACGGUUUAACCCAGACAACUCUAUGUUAAAAAUUAUGGAAAGCCAAAAAAUGCACGAUAUCUUAUUAAAAUUGUAUACUGCCACUAUAGUGUUCAUUUUCAAAGCAUCUAUUGUGAAGAAAACUAUUCAAUUUAUCAUUCCCAAACCCAUGCGUAUAUAUGAAAUAAAAAAAUUAAAAAGUGUCGGCGUACUAACAAUUUACUGUUUGGGAUUUCUCACACGACUCGCUAUUCAUAGUUAAGUCACAGUUUUGGACAAGCGUUUACAUUGAAUUCCAGUUCAGAAUACGGGUGAGUGGCGUAUUGAGCUAAACAAUUUGCGGGGACGCGAUAUGGUUUAUGGGGUAGUAUUUUCCAAGGCGAGUAAGCGACGUGAGAGAGCACAAAUGUUGACAUUAAAAAUACAAACAUCCAAUUUUGGAUAGAUGUUAACAGGAUGUUUGGAAUGAUAUUUGUCAACCUUUCCACUUCAAUUUUUUUUUUAAUAAUUUUCUCCUUUUUAUUUUCCCUUAGACAUUUGGGGGCCAAUGUGAUCCCUUUACGCCCCCCCCCCCUCCACACGCCAGGGACGAGACGUACAAUAUCAAAUACAGAAGAUUUUUCUGUUUGCGCUCUAAAAUGUAUAUAGAAAAUACAUAAAUCUUAGAAUAAAGCAAGUAAGUUUACAUAGGCUUACUUUUGGGUUCUAUUAUUCCGUUAUUCAAUUUACUGGUAUUGGAUAAUUUUCAUCGUUCAAUAGACAAAUCUUAGAUUUUGACUGAAAUGAAUGAUAUAUACUUGAUUGCAAACUUAAACCUCCCGUGUUAACCCAUAUUGGUUGUUUAAUUGGUCAAUUUUCUGUGGGUUUGCGGGUUCAUUCAUUCAUUCAUUGUGGCAACGAAAGGAUUGAUGGCUGAUAUAUGUACGCCUAAUAUAUAGUGUAGGGAUCAAUAUUUACUCUCCGAACAAUUAUGCAUGCGUUCACCGAACAAAAGACAUGUACUUCGAAAGCUAAUGGAUAUUUUCAUAUAUUAUUCAUUAUCAUUUUUGCUCUUUGCAUUAAUUGCCAAUAUUAAUAUGAUUGAUAUCUGAAAUUAUUGCAAUUGAAAAGACAUGGCAGGAAGAGAACUAUUACUUCACUUUCCUGGAAAUGAAUAAUUCAAUAACCUAUGCAUUGACAGCACCUGGACGCACCACGCGCGGGGUAACAAGGGCGUAGGCUGGUUUGAGCAUGAGGAGGUGCACGUCCUUGGGGAGGUGGAACUUAAGUGGUAUGGUGGUGCAUAUAUUGGGGAGGUGGAACUAAAUUUUAGAAAAUCAGCUGUUGAAAGUAAAAGGGGUACAAUUUUUGUUUUGCAUGCCAGUGUUGGAACUCCUCUGCCUUAGCAGGAGGGUGCACGUACCCCCCAAGCCUACACCCUUGGGGGUACAGACAUUGCAAGAUGGUCACCAUGUCGGGACACCGUGCUUUUACAAAACCAUGAAAAGGGGUAUCUUUGAUAGCUGUUUUGACGGACGACAUAGCUAAUUUAGCUAACGGUUUAUUUCCAAAUGCAAUUAUUUUCUUUUUAAUUACCUACACAAGUAAAGAUAUGCAUAUAAAUUAUGUCUCCUGAUGGCUUUGU